GCAACUUUCUGACAAGAUUAGUUUCAACUCCAACAAAAAUUUGGACGAUUAUCUGAUGGCUGCGGAAAUUAGAAAAUUCGGACAAAAGAUAUUGCACUUUAGUGAUAUGCUACAAGAAUUCAAUUUACUGUACGGCGAUAGAUUAAUGGCCGUGUUAGCAUCAUUACUUAUGCUCAUCCUAGCAUUUUACAAACAUAAAAACACAAUGCAGGGAAUUUUGGUCGCCUCAUUUAUUAACUACAGUCUUGCGAUUAUAUUCACUUCAGACUCUAUAAUGGUUGAAUGUGAAAAACUUUUAAACUCAGCUUACCACCAACAAUUACAAGCCUUAGAAAUGAGCCUUCUAAGCGUAGAACUCAAAAGGUUCAUUGUAAAAUUGAAACACUUUAAACCUGUUAUAUCGGCAGCAGAUUUUUUCGAAAUAAGAAGAAUUACCAUAUUGAAUUUGAUUAGCGGCAUCACCACUUAUUCUAUUAUCAUGCUUCAGCUUGGAGAUGCCAAAUUCCAGGAUAACCUUGAAAUUAAAAUAUCUAGUAAGCCUUGAAGUGAACUGAAGGCAUUACCAUGAUGACAACAACUAUGAUGGAUGCAUCACCAAAGCUAUUAUUUUCUACAAAUUCU